CUGUUAACCAAGCAUUGAAGCAAAUGUUAAAGUUCUAGUAAACGAAAUUUAUUAUAUUAUAAUGUGUGGGUGUGCGUAAGUCCAAAAUUUAGAGUACGCAUUGAACAAUGAGCGUUAGCAUUGUGCAGUACUUUGGUGAGCAGAAGAACAAAUGUGGCUACUGCACGGGAACAGAGUGCAGCAAAUCACAUGGUUUGCAUGCAUUUCGGCUGUCCUGCGAUGAUUACCAGGAGCUCAUAGAUCGGGGCUGGCGACGCUGCGGCAAUUAUUGCUAUAAGCCGCAAAACGACAUCACCUGCUGCCCCUGUUACACGAUUAAAUGCGAUGCGCAGCAAUUUAAACUGACCAAGUCAAAUAAGCGCAUAUUGCGGCGCAUGAACAAAUUCUUGCGUGAUGGCAAAAGUGGGCCAAGCACAUCGAAUGCAAAUGGAAAUGGCGAUGGCGAUGGCGAUGACGUCGGCGAACGUGGAGUUUAUGCAAGCGAACUCCAACCCCAGCUGCCUGAUAAGAAGCCAAUAUCUAUUAACGUGGAACAAGUGGAGACCUUAUCCCAGGCACAUGUCGAGCAACUAAAAAUCACGAGCACUUUGGACGCGGGCAACGGUGAUCAACCCGCAUCAUCGUUGGCAGCAAACAAAUGUAAAGCUAGUGGCUCGAACUCAAAUCCGCCGCGCAAGAAGGCCAAACAAAUGCGACUGGAGCGCAGGCAGGCCAAACUGGGCCAAACGCCCCCCGAUCAGCAACAGACCAAAGCUUUAAAUAAGGAGAAGAACUUGCAAGAUUUUCUGGCAGUUCCGUGCGAAACGGAUGUGCACAAGUUAAAGAUCGUGUUGGUCGCUGCCUCAGAUACACAGCGCACUUGUACCGAUGCAGUGCACGCAUUGUAUCGCAAAUAUCAAUUAGUCAUACACAAUGAUAAUCCCGCACGUCUAACACUAGCUAGUAUGAAGCGGUUUUUGGUACAAUCACCCCUAAAGCACCAAAUCAGUGAAGAUGGUCCCGAAAUGGGCUAUGGAUCAUUUCAUCAGCAAUACUGGCUGGAUGACAAGUUGAUUGCUGUGGGCGUCAUUGAUAUAUUGCCCGGCUCGGUUAGCUCUGUGUACUUCUUCUAUGAUCCCGACUAUAGUUUUCUGUCGCUGGGCACAUAUGGUUCUUUGCGGGAAAUUGAUUUGGUGCAAAAGAUUGCGGCGCGUGUGCCCGCCUUGAAGUUUUACUACAUGGGCUUCUACAUACACUCGUGCCCCAAAAUGCGCUACAAAGGCAAAUUAGAUGCAUCUUAUUUAUUGUGCCCAGAGACUUACGUUUGGCUGCCCCUAACCGAUGACAUACGCUCCAAGCUCGAUGCGAACAAAUAUCAACGCCUGAAUCCGGACGCAGCUGCAAGGGAUGCAAAUGAGUUUUUGAGUAAUCAUUUGAAUGAUGUAAAGUUGCUGGUGAACGGCAAAAGUUAUAUCACUUACAAAGUUUUCGUACAGAUUGAGGGCGAUAAUGACGGCCGCGAUGACAUUAUGGAAUACAGCAAACUUGUUGGUAAAGUUUGUGCGCAACGCAUGCUUUAUGUAAACAUGUUAUGAAUAAUUUCAUAUAUAUAUAUAUAUAUAUAUAUAUAUAUAUAUAUAUAGAAAUUUAUAAGCGCACCUCAAUUCGUAUGCAGCGCAAUAAAGUUAAUAUAAACAACAGAAAUUAAGCCUUAGCUAAGUAGUUGAAAAUUGUUUCUUUCAAAUAUAAUUGUUUAUUGUCUGUUGAGCCCAGAAUAAGUCUUUGUUCUUAAAUUCAAUCUUUGCACAUUAACAAAUAAAAUCAACAAAUUGUUCAGCAAAUA